GAAGCGCUCUGCAACAGACGGGGAAUGACGUCACGGGAAGGAGCCGCUCACCCCGCCGCUGCAGGAAAGAGGAAGUUUGACGUAAAAACGAAAGUAGAUUGAUAUUGGUUCAUAUUGCAUUGGAACGACUUCACGUAGCGUAGGCCUACGUGAAGUCGAAAGGCGAAAUAUGGCAGGAUUUGGAAGUGAAUAUAUGAAGGGGGAGACCGGGAGUGGGUCUGGGAAGCCGUCCUCACCUCCGUCACUCGAAAAGGAGAGUGGCGAAUUCUACAUGGAAAUUGGAAGGAUUGGCUCUGAAUUAAUCGACUGGUUGUCGGACGACGAUGUCAUCAGUCUCCUGUAUGACCUUAGGAUGAUGGAUGUGUUGAAUGACCAGGAGAUGAAGACUGUAGAGAAGAAGAUGACCAGUAAAGACAGAGCACGUUGUCUCAUUGAUACGGUGAUGAAGAAAGGGGAGAGAGAAAGUCGCCUGAUGGUUGAUUAUCUGACGGAGAGCAACCCUAACCUAUGCUGGACCCUGGGUCUGACCCCAACUUCUGCUCGGAUCAAACUUGGAAUGAUUCGCUCUGAAUUAAUCGACUGUUUGUCUGACGUCGAUGUCAUCAGUCUCCUGUAUUACCUUAGGAUGAUGAAUGUGUUGAAUGACCAGGAGAUGAAGACUGUAGAGGGGAAGAUGACCAGUGAAGACAGAGCACGUUGUCUCAUUGAUACGGUGAUGGAGAAAGGGGAGAGAGCGAGUAGCCUGAUGGUUGAUUAUCUGACGGAGAGGCACCCUGACCUACGCUGGACCCUGGGUCUGACCCCAACUUCUGCUCGGAUCAAACUUGGAAGGAUUCGCUCUGAAUUAAUCGACAGGUUGUCGGACGACUGUGUCAUCGGUCUCCUGCAUUACCUUAGGAAGAUGGAUGGGUUGAAUGACGACGACAUGAAGAUUGUAGAGGAGAAGAUGACCAGUAAAGACAGAGCACGUUGCCUCAUUGAUACGGUGAUGAGGAAAGGGGAGAGAAAAAGUCGCCUGAUGGUUGAUUAUCUGACGGAGAGGCACCCUGACCUAUGCUGGACCCUGGGUCUGACCCCAACUUCUGCUCGGAUCAAACUUAGAAGGAUUCGCUCUGAAUUAAUCGACAGGUUGUUGGACAACGAUGUCAUCGAUCUCCUGCAUUACCUUAGGAUGAUGGAUGUGUUGAAUGACCAGGACAAGAAGACUGUAGAGGGCCAGAUGACCAGUAAAGACAGAGCACGUUGUCUCAUUGAUACGGUGAUGAGGAAAGGGGAGAGAGAAAGUCGCCUGAUGGUUGAUUAUCUGACGGAGAGGCACCCUGACCUAUGCUGGACCCUGGGUCUGAUCCCAACUUCUGGUCGGAUCAAACUUGGAAGGAUUCGCUCUGAAUUAAUCGACAGGUUGUCGGACGACGAUGUCAUCAGUCUCCUGUAUUACCUGAGGAAGAUGGAUGUGUUGAAUGACGAGGAGAAGAAGACUGUAGAGGAGAAGAUGACCAGUAAAGACAGAGCACGUUGUCUCAUUGAUACGGUGAUGAAGAAAGGGGAGAGAGCGAGUAGCCUGAUGGUUGAUUAUCUGACGAAGAGGCACCCUGACCUAUGCUGGACGCUGGGUCUGAACCCAACUUCUGCUCGGAUCAAACUUGGAAGGAUUGGCUCUGAAUUAAUCGACUGGUUGUCGGACGACGAUGUCAUCAGUCUCCUGUAUUACCUUAGGAAGAAGAAUGUGUUGAAUGCCGAGGAGAUGAAGACUGUAGAGGAGAAGAUGACCAGUAAAGACAGAGCACGUUGUCUCAUUGGUACGGUGAUGAGGAAAGGGGAGAGAGAAAGUCGCCUGAUGGUUGAUUAUCUGAAGGAGAGGCACCCUGACCUAUACUCAACCCUGGGUCUGACCCCAACUUCUGCUCGGAUCAAACUUGGAAGGAUUCGCUCUGAAUUAAUCGACUGUUUGUCGGACGACGAUGUCAUCAGUCUCCUGCAUUACCUUAGGAAGAUGAAUGUGUUGAAUGACGACGAGAUGAAGACUGUAGAGGGGAAGAUGACCAGUAAAGACAGAGCACGUUGUCUCAUUGAUACGGUGAUGGAGAAAGGGGAGAGAGCGAGUAGCCUGAUUGUUGAUUAUCUGACGGAGAGGCACCCUGACCUAUGCUGGACCCUGGGUCUGACCCCAACUUCUGCUCGGAUCAAACUUGGAAGGAUUGGCUCUGAAUUAAUCGACAGGUUGUCGGACGACGAUGUCAUCGGUCUCCUGCAUUACCUUAGGAAGAUGGAUGGGUUGAAUGACGACGACAUGAAGACUGUAGAGGAGAAGAUGACCAGUAAAGACAGAGCACGUUGUCUCAUUGAUACGGUGAUGAGGAAAGGGGAGAGAAAAAGUCGCCUGAUGGUUGAUUAUCUGACGGAGAGGCACCCUGACCUAUGCUGGACCCUGGGUCUGACCCCAACUUCUGCUCGGAUCAAACUUAGAGGGAUUCGCUCUAAAUUAAUCUACAGGUUGUUGGACAACGAUGUCAUCGAUCUCCUGCAUUACCUUAGGAUGAUGGAUGUGUUGAAUGACCAGGAGAAGAAGACUGUAGAGGAGAAGAUGACCAGUAAAGACAGAGCACGUUGUCUCAUUGAUACGGUGAUGAAGAAAGGGGAGAGAGAAAGUCGCCUGAUGGUUGAUUAUCUGACGGAGAGGCACCCUGACCUAUGCUCAACCCUGGGUCUGACCCCAACUUCUGCUCGGAUCAAACUUGGAAGGAUUCGCUCUGAAUUAAUCGAGAGGUUGUCGGACGACGAUGUCAUCGGUCUCCUGUAUUACCUUAGGAAGAUGGAUGCGUUGAAUGACCAGGAGAAGAAGACUGUAGAGGAGAUGAUGACCAGUAAAGACAGAGCACGUUGUCUCAUUGAUACGGUGAUGGAGAAAGGGGAGAGAAAAAGUAGCCUGAUGGUUGAUUAUCUGAAGGAGAGGCACCCUGACCUAUGCUGGGCCCUGGGUCUGAACCCAACUUCUGCUCGGAUCAAACUUGGAAGGAUUGGCUCUGAAUUAAUCGACUGGUUGUCGGACUACGAUGUCCUCGAUCUCCUCUAUUACCUUAUGAAGAUGGAUGUGUUGAAUGACCAGGAGAUGAAGACUGUAGAGGGGAAGAUGACCAGUAAAGACAGAGCACGUUGUCUCAUUGAUACGGUGAUGAAGAAAGGGGAGAGAGGAAGUCGCCUGAUGGUUGAUUAUCUGAAGGAGAGGCACCCUGACCUAUGCUGGACCCUGGGUCUGACCCCAACUUCUGCCUGGAUCAAACUUGGAAAGAUUCGCUCUGAAUUAAUCGACAGGUUGUCUAACGACGAUGUCAUCCAUCUCCUCUAUUACCUUAUGAAGAUGGAUGUGUUGAAUGACGACGAGAUGAAGACUGUAGAGGAGAAGAUGACCAGUAAAGACAGAGCACGUUGUCUCAUUGAUACGGUGAUGAGGAAAGGGGAGAGAGAAAGUCGCCUGAUGGUUGAUUAUCUGACGGAGAGGCGCCCUGACCUAUGCUCAACCCUGGGUCUGACCCCAACUUCUGCUCGGAUCAACAGCAUCACUGAAACCCGCUCCACAGGGCCUGAUCUGUCCGAUAAGCAGCUCCUGGAGGUGGUCAAAACGCUGGGACAGGAGUGGGAGCAGGUGGCCAUCCACCUGGAGAUGGACGACAUCAAGGCAGACGGACAGACGGAUGUGGCCAUGCAGAAGCUGAAGAUGUUGGCACAGUGGAGGCACCGAAGACUACCAGGAAAGGCCACAGCUCAGGACCUGCUGAGAGGUCUGAAGUACCUGGAGGACCUACCGGUCGGGACUCUUCAGUUAUUGUCAGGGGAGCUUCGAAGGGUCCGUUCUGAAUUCAUUCAGAGAGUUUCAUACUCAUUUAUCAAAGGUCUCCUGGAUGAUCUUUGGCAGCAGAAGGUGUUCAGUAGUAAGGAAAAGGACUCUGUGAUGGUGGAGAAGAGCAGAGCGAACCAGGCGCGGUGUCUGAUCGACAUGGUGAUGGGGAAAGGGGAGAGAGCAAGUCGGAUAAUGAUCGAUAGUAUGAAGAAGAGGGACAAGCACUUAAGCUCCACCCUGGGUCUGAUCUCUUAUCCUGCUGGGGGCCUCAAGGCGGAAGUAAAGCUAAAGAGGCUUUUUUCAAGAGCCAGAGACAAGAAAACCCGCUUCACAGGGCAGGAUCUGUCCGAUAAGCAGCUCAUGAAGGUGGCCGAAACACUGGGACAGGAAUGGGAGCAGGCGGCCAUCCACCUGGAGCUGAGCAUCACAGAUCUGGACAACAUCAAGGCAGAACAUAGACCUGUGGCCAUGCAGAAGCUGAAGAUGUUGGUGCUGUGGAAGCGCCGAAGACCACCAGGAGAGGCCACAGCACAGGACCUGCUGGAAGGUCUGAAAGACCUGGAGGACCUACCGGUCGAGACUCGUCUGUUAUUGAGAGGGCGGGCUCUGUCCAAUGAGCAGCUCCUGAAGGUGGCCGAAACGCUGGGAAAGGUGUGGGAGUGUGCAGCCAUCCACCUGGACCUGAAGACCGAAGAUCUGGACGGCAUCAAGGCAGAAAAUAUGACUGUGAUCAUGCAGAAAUACAAGAUGUUGCAGCUGUGGCAGAGCCAAAGACCACUAGGAAAGGACAGAGCUCAGGACCUGCUGAGAGGUCUGGAAGACAUGGAGGACCUACCGGUCGAGACUCUUCACUUAUUGAGAGGAUAUGUAACGAAAGAUCCGGAACUUGAUUUGAUAUCAGAAGAAAGCGGAAUUGAGAGCAUGGCCGACUCUGACAGCGGUAGUGAGAGCAGUAGCAGUGGGAGCAUGUCUGAGUCUGAGCUGGCCAUGGGCGGGAAAAUGCUUGGAUAUGUAACGAAAGGUCCGGAACUUGAUUUGAUAUCAGAAGAAAGCGGAAUUGAGAGCAUGGCCGACUCUGACAGCGGUAGUGAGAGCAGUAGCAGUGGGAGCAUGUCUGAGUCUGAGCUGGCCAUGGGCGGGAAAAUGCUUGGAUAUGUAACGAAAGGUCCGGAACUUGAUUUGAUAUCAGAAGAAAGCGGAAUUGAGAGCAUGGCCGACUCUGACAGCGGUAGUGAGAGCAGUAGCAGUGGGAGCAUGUCUGAGUCUGAGCUGGCCAUGGGCGGGAAAAUGCUUGGAUAUGUAACGAAAGGUCCGGAACUUGAUUUGAUAUCAGAAGAAAGCGGAAUUGAGAGCAUGGCCGACUCUGACAGCGGUAGUGAGAGCAGUAGCAGUGGGAGCAUGUCUGAGUCUGAGCUGGCCAUGGGCGGGAAAAUGCUUGGACUUGGGGACGACAAGAUGGUUGUAAAACGAAAGAAACAAACGAGAGACCCCAGUGCUGUGUUUGAUGAAGAGGAUGAAGAUUUACGAUCAAAAGUGGAAAGGUGGAAUACAGUCUCCAGUGCUGUGAUUGAUGAAGAGGAUGAAGGGAUGAGUCACUCCGAAGACAUAGCAAGCAUGUCUUUGACGGACAGGUAUGAAGAAGAGGACGGUUCUGAGUCAGAUCCUCUUCAUCAUGAAGAUGAUGAAGAUGAUGAAGAAGAGAUGCACUUCAAGACACAUUGUGAAAAAUGUGAAGCAGCUCAGCAGAGUCCUGAGUAUGAGAAGGUUACCCCAACGAAGAUUUCUAAGUGGAGCUUCCAGGUACAGCUGGAAGGCGAGGGGACCUAUGAGUGUUCGGCUACAGGUCUGGUGUUUGAAGUGUCGGAGCAGGCUCUGGUCCGCUACUCGGUCCUGUCCUGGUUCCAAUUCUCUGAGUUCCUCGACGACUCCUGGAGACCUGCUGGAUCGAUUUAUGAUGUGGAUGUGGUCAACAAGGAUCCAUCUGUGCUCAAGUUUAUCCAUUUCCCCCACUCGCUGUGCCUUGCUGAACCUUUGCGUGAUCUGAGCUUCAGUGUUCUGCAUGUAAAGGAUCGCCAUGCAGACAUUGAGUCGACGGUGGACUUCACGGCCAGCCAUGUUAAAUGGCGUGUGUCCUCGCUGUCUCGCCUGGGUCUCAUUCUGAUCAGCAUUCUGAGCAUUUUUUCAAGCCUAUGGAAGGUGAAGCACCACGCGUUGGUGCUGAUUUACAAGGAGCUGAACAAAAAAGACUUCAUCCUCCAAGUGUAUUUGGGCUUGAACAGCAGAUCUGAGAUCAAGGCUAUCGAAAAACAGGUGCUCAAGGCCAGGAAGAAUGGCAUCAAGAUUACAGAAACGCGCAAACAUCUCACCUGUAGGCUGGAAGAGAAGUUCUACAGCCUCGCAAGUGAGCCAGAAGGACAAAUUGAACCCACGAAUCUUGAAUUCACCACUGCAGUGUUGGGACUGAAGGGCUUUUUUAGAGUACGCUUCAGGAAGCUUCCUCCUUUCAGAUUGUUUCUCAAGGACUCCUUGAUAAACGAACAUUUCCCCUUUUUAAUUUUUACAAUCGAAGAAGAUGAUUGGCCCAGUGAGGAGAAACCAGAAGUGACAUCUGAUCUCCCAUCUUCACCUCGCCUCUCUCUGGAGCAUCCUGCAGGUCAAGCAACAUCCAGCACCACAUCCAGGACUCCAGCUCCCUCCAGGGGAACACAGGCAGAACACCUAAGAAGGAUCCGUAAGAGAUUUGUGGAGAGAGUCGGACUCCCAGCUUUGAAAGGUCUGCUGGAUGACCUUUGGCAGCACAAAGUGUUGAGUACCGAAGACAAGGACACUGUGAUGGAGGACCAGACGAGCAGAACGGACCGGGCUCGGUUUCUGAUCGACAUGGUGAUGGCGAAAGGGGAGAGAGCAAGUCUGGCGAUGAUUGAUUGUAUGUUGGAGAGGGACCGGGAACUAUGCCUCACCCUGGGUCUGAUCCUUCCUCCCAGCCCUACUGAUCGUGUGGCAGGAAGCCUUUUGGCUGGAUCUCAGGAGGUUAAAGCAUCGUAUAAAGAGACGAAGGGCAGGACCUCUGAACUCCUCCUCAGCUCUGAGCAGUUCAAGACUGAGAAGCUGAAGGACAGAGACAACAUAUACACCAUCAUGGCCCCAGCCAACAGGACGCGCAUGGCUCUGUUGAUCACCAAUGUGCGCUUUGACCGCUUCAAUCAUCGGGAUGGUGCUGAGAAAGACGAGCAGGAUAUGAGGAAACUGCUGAUCUCUCUGGGAUACAACGUGGAGCAACACAGAGACCUCAGUGGAGCGGAGAUGGACAGGGCCGUCGAAAGGUUUUCUAAAGACCCCCGUCUGGCAGCGACAGACUCUGUCUUUGUGGUCAUCAUGUCCCAUGGGGUGAAGGGAGCCAUUUUAGGCGUCCAUCACUGCGAUGGAGUCCCCGACCAGUUCCCCAUUGACAAUAUCUACAAACACUUGGAUUCGGCUCGUUGUCCAAAACUGCUCAACAAACCCAAAGUCAUCAUCAUCCAAGCCUGCAGAGGAGUGGAUGAUGGCUCUGCGAUAGUCACGGAUGGGCCUGGGUCUGUCCCAGAGCAGGCCCCGGUAGUGCAGGUGGAUGCGGCCCUCCCACCUCACCUGGCAGAUGAAGUGGAUGCAGACAUCGAGGAGGAUGCUAUUCACAGGGUGCACAAAGAAAAAGAUAUGGUUUCCUUCCUUUCCUCUACUGCCGGUCCUGAAGCGUUUUGA